AUGCCCUUUUUCUAUGAAGAUGAUGCGGAUAAUCCGAGCGGUGAAAUUGAAAGAGUGAAACGUAAUAAUCCAGAUGCAGAAAAAUGGGAAAUUAAGGAAAUAAAACCAAGUUCUCCGAGAAAUGAUAAGGAGGAACAGCGAGCAAAUUGUUCUCAUUGUGGAAAAUUAUUCGGAGGGGAAAUUAAAUAUCGUUGUGAUUCGUGUAGAACAGUUUAUUGCAGUAAAAAUUGUUGUGAGACUUCGGCUCCUCAAUGUAAGUCUAGGUUAGACCAGCAUAAAAAUUCCGAGAAAACUCCUGAUAAAGUAAAUCCCUCAACACCGAUAGAACAAAACAGCGAUAAAAGUGAUAGAAAAGAAAAGCCAGUAAAAUUUGUAGUUAAUUAUGAGAAUAAGAAUGAUAAUACCAAAAAAUUGCCUGAUAAAACUGAUAACCAAACCCUCGUAAUUAGCCUUUCAGAUAUUAAGCAAAUGACCCUCACUUCCGAAGGUAAUUUAGUAAUUGAGUUUAAUCCUUCGCAAUCUGAACCGCAGGCUAAUUCAGUGCAA